AAACCAACCUCAAAACCUCCCUAAUAAUUUUCUUUCCUUUUCAAAUAACAAUGAUAAAUUCAAGAUCAACAAUUUUUUUUAAUCUCCUCCUAAUAACCCUCUUCCUACUUUCUCCACCAGCAUUUGGAGAUUCUCAUAAUAAUAAUAAUGCAUUUCUCUCCUAUACAUGUUCAAGCUAUGACAAUUAUUCAACCAACACCCCUUAUGCUUACAACUUGAAACAAGCCAUCUAUCAGUUGACCUCCACCGCCCCUCCCUCCGGCUUCGGCCUUACCUCCGUUGGCAACGAUUUACAAAGCCAAGUCAACGCGUUGGCUCUAUGCCGUGGAGACGUCUCGCCCACUGAUUGCAAGACCUGCAUUGAAACAGCGAGCAACGAGAUUCAACAACGAUGCCCUGAUAAAAAAGGAGGAUCAAUAUGGUAUGAUUUUUGCUUGCUAAAGUACUCCAAUAUCAAAUUCUUUGGGAAGAUUGAUAAUGGGUUUAGGUUAUACAUGUGGAAUGUUCAAGAAGCUGAAAACCCAACACUGUUUAAUGAACAAGUCAAGAACUUGCUUACUAGUUUAGUUGAACAAGUUGAAGUUACACCAAAGUUGUAUGUGAUUGGAGAAAAGGAGAUUGAAGGGUCAAAAAAAUUGUAUGGAUUGGUCCAAUGCACAAGAGAUUUGUCUACUGCUGCUUGCAAGAAAUGCCUUAAUGAUGCUGUUGCUGAACUUCCAAAUUGUUGUGAUGCCAAAAUUGGUGGAAGAGUGAUUGGUGGGAGCUGCAACUUUAGAUAUGAAAUUUACCCUAUUGUUGAUGCCCAAAAAUAGACAAUACUUUUUUUUUUUACCCUAAUUAUAUCUAUGCUACUUUUGAUGUGUUUAAUUACUUUGAUCUAAUAAAAUAGAGAAGUUUAAUUAGUUUAUUUAUC